AUGAGAUACUCCAGCUACUUCGCCAUGGAAGAGAACACUGUCAACUCUGUUGGGAUUCCUGGAAGUCUUGAAGCAGGAACGUUAUGGACAACUGUAAGCGUGGGCGAUGGGAGGGACUGUGACCCCAACAACGCUCAACUGAGGAGGGAGGUUGAAGGAGGAAAGGAGGAAGAAACGGAAUCGGUCAAAGGAGGGAAGAGAAAACCAGUCGAAGAUAUCACUGAACAUCCCGUUUUGAACCAAACCGUCAGCGUCCAGGCCGUGGUGACGUCACUAGAGGGUCAGAUGUUGACGACCGUGGGCCUCGAUACAGAGAUGGACUACAACACAUUCAAACGGUCACUGAAAGUUAGAGACGUGAGUUGCCCUGUACCAUACAGCUGGAAUAUUGCUGUUAAUGUUAAUGUAACAGCCUUGUCUUUCCAGUCCUUCUUCGCAAGGAGAUUCUUCAAGCUGUUUGACACUGACAACAGCAACUCGGUAGAUGUGUCGGAACUGUUCGCCGCCACCAGACGUUUGAGACAUGGUACAGCCACUCAGAAACUCAAGUUCCUCUUUGACGUCUAUGACGAGAGUGGUGACGGUUAUAUCGACAUCGAGGAGUUACGGACGGCGUUACGGUCGUGCAUGGUGGAGAGUUCGGUGAAGCUUGGGGAGGAGGAACUAGAUCUGCUGACUCAGGCAUUAUUUGAAGAAGCAGAUGAAGACUGCAGUGGCGAAAUCUCCUUCCAGGAAUUGGAAUCGGCGAUUGACAGACAUCCGGGGCUAAAGGAGAACCUGUGUCUAAGCGUGGACCAGUGGCUGAAACCCCCAUCCGCACCCCGCAAAGGGACGCUACUUCAGUACUACUUCUCGAAGUCGUACUUCCUCAACAACCUCCGGAAGAUAGCUUUCUUUGCCUUCCUGAUCCUCCUCAACUGCAUCCUGUUUGCCGUGGGCUGCUGGAACUAUCGCACAUCCAACUGGUGCAUCAUAGUAGCCAGAGGAUGCGGGCUCUGUCUCAACUUCGACUGCACCUUCAUCGUUGUCCUCAUGCUGCGGAAGUGUAUUACCUGGCUGCGUGCGACGCCAGCUAGUCACGUGCUUCCGCUGGACCAGCAUAUAAUAUUUCAUAAGCUGAUGGGCUUCUUGAUAAUGCUGUUUACAGUGGUGCAUACCGUAUUCCAUAUUGUGAACGCAAUCUUGGAAGCCGAGAGUCAGUUCAACCUGACCGUGCCUGCCUUAAUCUUCACCACCGAGGCCAACAUCGGCUGGGUGGCCGGUUUCGCUCCCCUCUCUGGCGUUCUGCUCGUCGUCGUCUUCGUCGUCAUGUUCAUCUGCUCCAUGCCCUUCGUCAGGAGGAGUGGAUACUUUCAGGUGUUCUACUGGACGCACAUGCUGUACGUCAUCUUCUGGUUCCUGCUCAUUCUUCAUGCGCGCCAUUUCUGGAAAUGGUUCUUAGUGCCUGGUGCCAUGUUUAUUCUGGAGAAGCUAUCCCGGUCUAAAGUGAUCAAGAGAAUCGCUUACGGCGAUACAUUCAUAACGGGAGUCAACCUUCUGCCUUCCCAGGUGACCCAUCUUGUCAUUACAAAGCCUCCUAAUAUGAAGUACCGACCUGGAGACUACGUGUUCCUGCAGAUUCCAGCCAUUGCUAAGUAUGAGUGGCAUCCCUUCACCAUCAGCAGCGCCCCGGAAAUGGGAGGCAAGCUGUGGGUACACGUGCGAUCUGCUGGUCACUGGACAAACAAGUUGUACGAGCAUUUCCAUGACUACGACGAAAGCAGACACUCCACAACUGACCUCAAUGGAAGCUUCUUGUCACCAGUAGACCUGCAGAGUCACGCAAAUAUAACUGAUCAUAUGAAGCCCAUCAAGCUAAACGGCCCUUUACCUUCAACACCGCCGGAGACCCCCUCUAAGAAACAAGAGCGCGGGGUAACACACAAGGAUCUGCACGUGCGGUGUUUCAUCGACGGGCCCUAUGGUACAUCGUCCAGGGAAUUAUUUGAGACGGAGCACGCUGUUCUGAUUGGUUCCGGUAUCGGCGUGACUCCCUACGCCUCCAUCCUCCAGAGCAUCAUGUACAGGUUCAAGGCCUACAAGAGAUGCUGCCCUAGAUGUAGCCACUCCUGGUAUGAUGAAGUGCCACAUCACGUCAUGAACCUCAAGAAGGUCGACUUCAUCUGGAUCAACCGCGACCAGAAAUCCUUCGAGUGGUUCGUCAGCCUCCUCACUCAGUUAGAAAUGGAACAGACUAUGGAAGGCGGGCUGGGGAACUUCAUCGAGAUGCACAUGUACAUGACUGCAGCACUUAACAAGACGGACCUGAAAGGAAUCGGUUUACAGAUGGCCCUGGACCUCAUCCAUAAGAAACAAGACAAGGACCUACUGACGGGACUGAAGACCCGCACACAGCCAGGGAGGCCAGACUUCAGAAAGCUGUUCUCCAACAUCGCCACUGAGAAGAAAGGGCAAGUGAAGGUCUUCUUCUGUGGGAAUCCUGUUUUGGCAAAAGUUAUCAAACGGCACUGUGAAUCUUUCGGCUUUGCCUUUUCCAAGGAGAACUUUUAAAAGGACGCCAGUGCACAUGGCUAAUGUGAUGGUGUAAAACUGUAGGGACCUGCCACCUCAGGUGAAACACCUACGUUCUGUUACUCAGACAGAAGAGUAGCGUCUGGAAUUUGGCUCAGUGUCAAAUAUAUGUCCCGAAGAUCUUCCAAAUAUGAUAAAUCUGUGCAUGGAUAUCUAAACGUUCAUAGAAUCAUGAUCCACCUUAGAGAUUAAAGUGUUUUACAUUCG